AUGGCUUCGCGUCCUCUCCUUAUUCCACACAAACGGCCUCUCCUCUCCUCUAAAAACCCAAAGAGAAUAGAGAAAAGCAAGAAACCAGUCCCAAAAGUCCUCAAUCCUAGCGCCGUCGCAGCAGAAACGCGCAUGAAGAAGCCCAUUCCCUACGCGCCAAACAGCGAUGACGGCGCAGAUGAAAAUAUAGGCGAGCAAGAGCUAGAGGACAAACCAGAACCCAUCAAAGCGUCCUUUGCAAUGCCUGCGCAGCCCUUCCUUGAUCCACCCGCCUGGGAAGCGAUGCUAAAACGGGCUCGAGAGGCUGCAAAUACUUCAGAUGGUGGGAAUGAAAGUCGAGGGAGCAAUACACCAUCUGGACCAUCUGAGACGGCGGAUCAGCGCAGACAGAGGCAAGACAGAGAGGCAGAGUAUGGAUCUAUGGCUAUUCGAGGGCGAUCGAACAUCAGUGGGAGAGGCAAACGACCAAGGGGAAAGAGGAUAUAUUGA